GGGAAAAUCUUUCAUUCUGUGCUUUAAGGGACAAGAAGUUCUGAAAAAAAGAGAAGACACAUAAGAAAAGAUGUCUCAUUUAUUCAAAGGAGUUAAAAAGUGUUCUAGUCUUUCUGUCAGUCAAAUUCACAGAGUAACAGGAUUUAUAUUUAAAACACAGAUAUUGAAAAACUUGCUAGGCCACAUGGAACAUCAAUUAAAACUCUCACGCACAUUUUCUAAACUUAGUUCUGACAAUACUGGAUCUUUUAGUUACAUCAUUGUUGGAGCUGGAUCAGCAGGUUGUGUAUUAGCCAACCGGUUGACUGAAGAUCCUCUCAGUACUGUACUCCUUUUGGAAGCAGGCCCUAAAGAUACCCUUCUAGGUAGUAAAAGAUUAAUGUGGAAGAUUCAUAUGCCUGCUGCAUUAAUCUAUAAUCUUUGUGAUGAUAAAUAUAACUGGUAUUACCAUACAACACCACAAAAGCACAUGGAUAAUCGAAUUAUGUAUUGGCCAAGGGGUAGAGUGUGGGGUGGCUCUUCAUCUCUCAAUGCUAUGGUAUACAUCCGUGGCCAUGCAGAAGACUACAAUCGAUGGGACAGAGAAGGUGCUGUGGGAUGGGAUUAUGAACAUUGCUUGCCUUAUUUUAAGAAAGCACAGGCACAUGAACUAGGUCCUAACCAGUACAGAGGUGGGAAUGGACAAAUGCAUGUGUCAAGAGGAAGAACGAAUCACCCGCUUCAUCAAGCAUUCCUGGAUGCAGCCCAGGAAGCUGGGUAUCCUUUCACAGAUGAUAUGAAUGGUUACCAACAAGAAGGAUUUGGCUGGAUGGAUAUGACUAUACACAAAGGUCAAAGAUGGAGCACAGCUAGUGCUUACCUUCACCCCGCCAUAUCACGCCCAAACUUGUCAGCCAAACCCAGAACCCUGGUAACGAAAAUUUUGUUUCAAGGGACCAAAGCUGUAGGGGUUGAGUAUAUCGAAAAUGGGCAAACAAAAAAGGUUCUUGCCAAUAAAGAAGUGAUUCUAAGUGGAGGUGCCAUAAAUUCUCCACAGCUGCUUAUGUUAUCUGGAGUUGGAAAUGCAGCUGAUCUCAAAAAAAUAGGGAUCCCUGUUGUGUGUCACCUUCCCGGGGUAGGCCAGAACCUUCAAGAUCAUUUGGAAGUGUACAUUCAGCAGAAGUGCAUCAAACCAAUUACUCUCUAUAAAGCCCAAAAGCCUAUUAAAAUGGCAAAGAUUGGUAUAGAAUGGCUCUGGAAGUUUACAGGUGAUGGAGCUACUGCCCACUUGGAAUCUGGUGGUUUUAUCAGAAGUCGACCAGGUGUUUCUCACCCAGACAUUCAGUUCCAUUUUCUUCCUUCUCAAGUGAUUGAUCAUGGCCGUGUUCCUCCCAUGGUAGAAGCUUACCAGGUCCAUGUUGGGCCCAUGAGGAGCACAAGUGUGGGCUGGCUAAAGCUGAAAAGUGCAGACCCAAGGGACCAUCCUAUCAUUGAACCUAACUACUUGUCAACAGAAACAGAUGCCUGGGAAUUUCGUCAGUGUGUCAAGUUGUCCAGAGAGAUUUUUGCACAAAAAGCUUUUGAAAAAUUUCGUGGCCCUGAAAUUCAGCCAGGUAGCAACAUACAGUCUGAUGAAGAAAUAGACACUUUCAUAAGGCAGAAGGCUGAUAGUGCGUAUCAUCCUUCUUGCACAUGUAAAAUGGGGCAGCCUUCUGAUACUUGUGCUGUAGUUGAUCCCCAAACUAAAGUAAUUGGGAUUGAAAACUUGAGAGUUGUAGAUGCCUCCAUAAUGCCUAGUAUUAUCAGUGGGAAUUUGAAUGCGCCAACCAUCAUGAUUGCAGAGAAGGCUGCUGAUAUAAUUAAAGGGCUCCCUUCACUUCAUGAGAAAGAUAUUCCUGUAUAUAAACAUCACAAUUUGGAAACUCAGUGCUAAACAAUAUGCCCACCAUUUAUUUUCUGUGUGUUUUUUUACUCAUACAUGGGAAUUUUGCCUUAGGCUUCUCCAACAGAAUAAAUUUGCUAUUG